ACACAAUGUUUAUUGAUGUGGAAAAAACCAAACCUUCCCAUUACAGAUUUGCAUAGUGACUUCUGUUCGCGUGUUGUAUCAAGAUACGCUAAACUGUGGAAGUUAUCUUAGGUUGAUCUGGUUUUGUAACUGUUUAAUUUUGAAUGUUGUUUGUUAAUUAACAUAAAUAUUGAAUGAUGGUUUGUUUGGACAGUAUUUCAGAGGUACUAGAAAAUAUUAAAUAUUUAAAAUAAAAGUAAAUUGAGUUCAAACCGGAUUAGUUUGCUUAUACUGAAUACUUUCAAGAUGGUGACACUUUCUCAAUUAACUAUGGCUAAAGGCUGUGACUCAGUUACAGACUUUUGUUGCUCGAGAUAAUCAAAUGUAUCGGUGGGAAAGAAAUAAACGAGGUACACAUGAAUUUAUACCGAUCACCUACAAAAUAAAGAUGUGACAUACAAAUGUAUGCCAUAUCCAGCUACUUGCAGAUUGUUAAGAUGGUAGUCACAAGCGUUGUUAUUGGCGUUGAUGUUGGAGGAACGAACACAGAUGCGGUAAUCGUCGCGAAAUCCGAGGGGAACUUGAAAAUAAUCGCGAAAUCCAAAACACAAACAACUUCGGACGUUACAACUGGUGUCACCAAAGCCAUUCAACUCGCGUUGAUCGCCUCGCGGAAAGAAAACGUAAGUCUCGUCGUUCAACAAGUGAACAUCGGCACAACGCAGUUUAUUAACGCGGUGGUAGAAUGUAAACAUCUGGUGAAAGUAGUGGUCAUCAGACUUUGCGGAACGGCGUCGCGAAAACUCCCGCCGUUCAGCGAUUUUGCGAAAAGGUUAAUAGAAUCGGUCCAGGGUUCCGUUUUUAUGCUAAACGGUGGGUACCAAUUCGACGGUCAAGCCAUUACUCCAGUCGAUGAGGAGGAAGUAGUAAGGUCAGUUGAGAUACUGAAAGCCAAAGGGGAAAAGAAUAUAGUGGUUUCUGGUUUAUUUUCACCCGUGCGUCGGGAGCAGGAAACGCGGGUCGCUGAGAUCAUUCGGCAGCACCUUCCGGAUGCGAGCAUAACGGUCAGUCACGAGAUAGGAAAGUUAGGCUUGUUGGAACGUGAAAACGCGGCCGUUUUGAAUGAGUGCAUCAAGCCACUUUGCUCAGAAACGUUUAUGGGAUUACGAUCCGCUCUUGACAGGAUUGGCUUAAGAUGUCCGCUUUUUUUGACGCAGAACGACGGAACCAUUCUUACAUAUGAGAAGGCGUUAAGAUUUCCGGUGCUGUUGUUCGCUUCCGGUACGACCAACAGCAUGCGCGGUGCUGCGUUCUUGUGUGGAAUUACGGACGCCCUUGUGGUUGAUAUUGGUGGAACAAGUACCGACGUGGGCCUUCUGCUGAACGGUUUCCCCAGGGAGGCGGCAGCGGAGGUCAAAAUAGGCGGGAUUCGAACCAACUUCAGGAUGCCUGAUGUCAUGAGCAUCGGCCUCGGUGGCGGGUCGCACGUCAGUUGGUCUACCAAAAAAGGAAAAUCGCAGAUGACGGUUGGGCCGCAAAGUGCUGGUUGCCGUCUUCUUUCAGAAGCUCUCGUUUUCGAGGACUCGUCGAACGUCGAAGGCCGCAUCGUGACCGCAACAGAUAUCGCUGUUGCGGCAGGUAUGGCCGACAUAGGUCGGAAAGAAAAUGUCGCCCACCUCGAUCGAGCUUUUGUCGACGAAGCCGUGCAGACUAUUCACGGCAUGUUGACUGUGUGCGUCGAUAAAAUGCGUUUAAAUAACCGUGAACUGCCCAUGAUUCUUGUCGGUGGAGGAAGCAUAAUUGUUGACAAGACCGCGACAUUUGACGGCAUCUCUGAGGUAAUCGUCCCUGAUCAUUACGACGUCGCCAAUGCCGUCGGAGCGGCGCUAAGUCAGAUUUCCGCGACUGUUAAUCGAGUCGUCGACCUUGAGCAGUAUAUCAACCAACAGGAAAUGGACGCAAAAUUAUCGUCGGUGCUGAAAGCAUCCCCAGACGUCUCGGUAGAACAGCAGAAGGACAUGACAGAUCGAGUAAAAACGGAGAUCUACCAGCGGGCCCGUGAGGGCGCAAUCCGCGAGAUUAUCGAAACGGUGAAAGCGGAGGCGAUUCGAGCUGGAGCAACGGAAGAGUCGAUAAGCGUCGUUGAGAAAGAGGACAUCGCAUUGACCUAUAUUCCUGGGAGCGCAACGCGCAUUAAAGUUAAGGUAGUGGGUGAUAUGAAAGUCGAGGAAAGUUGUGAAGACUGCCCGAUUACCGUCGUCAUCGAUCAUACCGCUGAGGAGGCAGCAGCUGGUAUCCAAACAUCAAACAAAACGGUCAGCACGACGGGAACCAUGCUCUCUUAUGACGACGAAACCAUCCGGAUUCAAGAACCGGAAAUCAAUACCGAGACAGGGGAAUGGCUGUUGUCAACAUAUGACCUUGAGUGCCUUAGUGUCGGGGCCGGCGUCAUGGGGUGUGGGGGAGGGGGGAACCCCCGUCUUGGUCUGCUGCUCGCAAGGAAAGUUCUCGAGAGCGGGAACACCAUCAGAGUUGUCACUCCGGAACGCUUUUUGUGCUCGGCGGUACACGCAGACGACAAGGUCGCUAUGGUGGCAGUCAUGGGGGCGCCUCUCAUAGCGCACGAAAAACUCAUGGCCGGAAACGAGCUAGAGGGGGCGCUUCAGAGUAUGCUGGAGCUGUACGAAAACGGUAAUUAUAAUGACGCAGAUGGUGAUCUUCAUGUUACAGAUGAUACCGACGUCAACGUGGGCGAUGGAGUUGUAUACAUUGAUAACUACCCGCCUAAGACAAGGGUCGGUCGUUCAUGUCUUGCCGCGGUUAUGAGUUGCGAGGUUGGGGGGCUUAACUGCAUGGAGCCGCUGAGAGUCGCCGCCGAGUUAGGAGUUCCGGUUCUCGACUGCGACGGAAUGGGACGCGCCUUUCCAGAACUGCAGAUGUUUACGCCGUUCAUAUACGGAUUCAAACCUUACCCAGCGACCAUGGCGGACGAUAAAGGUAGGCGUGCGGUUGUGCUGAAGGUCGACUCGCCUAAUCGUCUGGAGAAACACUUCCGUGAUGUCACUAUUAGCAUGGGGUGUAGCAGUGGUGUCUGUUUUGCCGCGAUGCGCGUGCAGGAUGUAAUGAAGUACACAGUGCGCCACAGUCUCAGUCAAGCGUGGCGCAUUGGCGAUACGGUCCUGCGGGCGCGGGCGUCGGACGGUGAUCCUGUUUUGGCGGUGAUAGAAGCGGAAGCCGGUCGUAACCUUAUAAACGGUAAAGUCACAGACGUCUUACGGGAGACGACGGGUGGCUUCAACAUUGGCAAGAUAGACAUCGACGGUUUGGACGUCGAUACCGGAAGGAGAAUUACGGUAGAGUUUAAAAAUGAGUUCAUGGUUGUUCGCGAGAUGUCGUGUAUUCAUAGACGCGUGCUGGCCUCCGUACCUGAUCUGAUAGCGCUACUUGACGCUGACACGGCGCAGCCAAUACCGACGGAAGAAGUCGGAUUUGGAAUGCGGGUUGCCGUCGUCGGAUUUAGGGUUAAUCCUAUGAUGUCCAGUGAUGAAGCCCUGAAAUUCGUUGGGCCGAAGGCUUUUGGCCUCACUGAUGUGGAAUACGUACCUAUCGGCGAGUUCAAAGACCGCGGCUCAAUAGCGCCAUUGUAAGUCAAGAUUAGGUUUAGACCUGUUAGUUAAUCGAAUUUCGUCAUAUACAAUUAUUUUACAACCGGAAGUACCCCAUCCGAGUUAUUUUUCUCAAUGAAAUGUGUUAAACAUAUUCAGUCUUAGUCGAAACUUUAACAAAGAAUAAAAUUACAUGUGUUAAAAUAUACCUAAUAAUAAACACCCAAAAAUUGUUUUUAAAACUUAUUUCCUACAAAGUAAAUACAAAAAAGUAUGUCAGAGUAUGUUAUUACCAUACCACUACUUAUGACCGUUGUGUAUUAGUCAGUAAACAAUAAAAUAUCGUUCUGGUACACGUAUACUCAACAACAGUUUAGUGUCAUAGCGGUUGAAUUCAUGUGCAUUACAUAUCUUUUUUUCGGAACGAAGAUCGUUUUUUAAUUAUUAUAAUUAUGUUUUCUUUUAGAGAUAACUUAAGCUGAUAAUGCAAUUAUAUUCCAGACAAUAGCUAUUGGUAUUAUCAAGUGGUUGUGGUAAAAAAAUCGUGCUAUAUGUAUAUUUUACAUCGACAACUCAAAAACGAAAAUCAUUUGUUUAUAAGUACUAUUAUUAUAACACAUCUCACAUAUUUGUUAGUUUAUUUAGUAACCACUAUUAUUGAUUGUAUACACAACUGAUUGUAGAGAAGUUCAUAUCGAAUAUAUAUUAUGUGCAGGCGAGAUCUACAUGUGAUUUCGUUUCAGUGCUAUAUCUUUUAUGUUAAACCUAACUUCAUCAUUUAGUUAACAUGCAAUAUUAAUUUAUGCACAGUACUGUUUCUAUAUGCAGAUUGAUUCUUAUAUAUGUAUUACAUUAAAAUAAUUAUUUGUUUACACGUCACGAUAAUCUCCCCCCCCCACCCAGAAAAAAAUAAAAUAAUAAUAGUUU